UCACCGUCAAUACCUCUCUCGCCUUCAGAUCCCCAGUUGAACACAAUGUCCGUUCCAACGAGGCCAGCAUUCGUCCACUACGGAACCUGGGACGACGAGACCCGCGCCCACCCAGCCAUGAAGUGGAUGGAACAGUACACCCUCACCUACGACUCCAAAGCCUACGACGAAAUUAAGAACAACCUACUGACCGACGACCACCUCCUUGUCCGCACCACGGGCCAAAAGCACCAAGGCGCCCAAGCCUCCGCCGACGCCAUGUACAAGGAAAUCUACGCCCCCUUCGCCAAAUGGUCGCACGUCCCGUACCACAUCAUCGCCUACGAAGUCGACGACGGCUGGGAGAUGAUGGGGCUCGCGACGCUGUACUGGACGCUUGCUGUCCCUGCGAAGCAGGAGAGUGGUGACAAGGUGAGGGAUGCGGAGGGCAAUGAGUGGGAUGGAGCGAAUCCCGCGGCAUUUAAUUUUAGGUAUAGAAAGGUUGGGGAUGGGAUUCGGUUGGCUAAGACGGAGAUUGCGGCGGAUCGGACGGCGGCGGUUGUAGGCAUGUUGAAGAGGGGGAUGAUGAAACCUGAAGAUUUGCUGAAGUAGGCUUGUGAAUGAGGUGUCGAGGCGCGAUCGAGCGGGGGUUCGUUCUCCCUGCUCUUGUGACCGCUGCGAUGGGUACACAAUUCGUAGGCAGCGCAGACUGAUAGUGUGUUCAGCCCACUUUCUCCCCGUUCUCAAUCAACAUGUAUUCGUCGCCGACCAUCAGCUGCAUCUGGCUGUCGUCCAUGAAGUUCUCGUGAUCGCCGUUCAAUGCCGCACCAUUCUUAUCAU